GAAUAAUCCGAACGCCAUUUGAGUCUUGUUUGAGACGUUUUUAACCCAAAUCUCAGGGCGUUUUGCUUUUGACCCGAAUUUAUGAACUUUUUAACGAAAAAACUUUUGAAUUUGUUUUAAAAUUUGUUUAAAUAAUUGGUGUUUGGAUUGAAUGGAGGAGACUGUGACCGCAGACCCGGAUGACAACCAGGAGAUGGUGGCCAUCAAUGAGGCGGACAUGGAUUCCGGUGACAACGACAAGGAGGAAGAGGGCUCUAAAAUGAAGUUAAAGAGCUCCUACCGACAGAAGUAUAAGAGGGCCUGGGAGUUGGACCAGGAGCUCAGGGACUGGUUGUCCCCAUUCACGGGUGACCCGUACUCAGCCUUUUGCAGGACCUGUCACUCCAAACUUCACGCCCAUAAGAAGGGACUGUUAGCUCACGCAAAGUCAUCCAAACAUAAGAAACACUCAUUAAAUCCGGAGGAACCGUUGAGUACAGACCCCGGAGAAGCGGUCGUCCAGUUCAAGAAAAUUAAGAAAACUCACUUUAAUGAUCAAUGGCUCGAAGACACAGUGUUCUCGCAGUGGUUGCGAAAGAUUCCCAAUAACUCGACGAAAGCUCUUUGCGUUGCCUGUCGUUCAGUGAUAACUGCCGGUCGGAGUGAACUCAUAAAACACAGUCAGGCGGCCAAACAUAAGAAGGCUAUACUGGACGGCAUUCCCGAAGACCUCGGAGAGUUUGACUUCGAUUGGUUGGACCCGUCAUAUGUGCCGCCGUCCGGAGCCGCGAGCAUAACACUCACCACAACCCCAGCCCUCACUUAUAGCUCUAAUAUAACUGUUCAACAAAUGAAUUCAACGAAUCAGAUGAUGGAAACAAAUGGCAUGAAUUUGACUGAUAUUGUGAACCACUUGCAAGAGUCAGUUCCCAUUCAUUUGGCUGAGAAGUGGGAUAACGUGGGACUUCUCACACAACCGACACAACCCAUUAAAGUGCAUAACAUUCUUCUGACGAUAGACUUGACUGAGAAAGUGGUUGAGGAGGCGCUCAAGAAGCGCGUCAAUCUCAUCAUCGCAUACCAUCCGCCCAUUUUCAAGCCAUUGAAGUCAUUGGUUCCCAACCACUGGAAGGAACGCAUAAUAUUGACGUGUAUUGAGAAUAAAAUAGCCAUUUAUUCUCCGCACACAGCGCUGGACGCCAUCAAAGGCGGAAUCAAUGACUGGCUGUUGACGGCAUUCGGGUCCUCCCAGUCAGCGCCCAUUCAACAGAGUUAUUCAGACCUGACCGGAAGCGGACACUUCUCCAACUGCUUGGAUGUUCUCGUCUCAGAAGGCGAAGACGUCACCCAAGCGUUGAGUGGUUUAGAAAAUGUCAUUUUGACGGUCAAGAGUAACGAAUACGGCGGAUGUGAUGUCAGAGUGUGUUGCGAUGACAAGACUUUGCCAAAAGUGGUGGAUAUUCUGUCGCAACACCCCGUGGCUCAGCUCUGCAGCCGAAUCACUAAACUUCAAUCCCCUCCACUCCCCGGUCAAGGAAUGGGUCGAUUAGCACGACUCGACCAAUCAUUACCACUCUAUGAGGUGGUCCAUCGGAUGAAACAACACUUGGAUCAGACUCAUGUCAGACUUGCAAUGUCUAGCAAACACACCAGAGAUACAAAAGUGACGACAAUAGGUGUAUGUGCGGGCUCGGGUGGCAGUGUCCUCCGCAACUGCAAGGCUGACGUCUGGAUCACUGGAGAGAUGUCUCAUCACGAGGUGUUGGAUGCCAUCCACGGCGGCUCUUCGGUCAUACUCUGCGAACACACCAAUACUGAGAGAGGAUUUUUGAAGCCGUGGUCGGAUCAGCUCAAAGAAUCUCUGGGUCCACACAACGUCAAUAUUAUGAUCUCCGAUGUGGACAAGGAUCCGCUUAGAGUUGUCUGAUAUGAAUGCAUGGAUGCUAUUA